AUGGCCCCUCCGAAUGGGUUCAGAACCGGGCCCUGGAGGCGUCGCUUCAUUUACAAGCCUCCUUCAUGGCAUUCACAAAGAUUCCAGAAGAAACCCCCAGGCAAGUUCUUUGGAGAUCGCUACCAUAGAAAAGAUUGGUCUCGACCACCUAGUUUUGGACAGCGAUCUCGUUUUCGACCAAAAUUCCGUAUUCCAGAUACCUUCCAGAAAGAUGGAGUGCAGUCAACACUCGGCAUUGAGCAGUUGCAACGGCCUGCCCACAAUUUGGUCGAUGCAGCAGCAAAGGUGGGACGCCUUGAGGCUUGUCUUGACUAUACCUUCUACGACAAGAUGAUAUGCAUACAAGCAAUCAAUGCUACAUCAUUCGUCUUACCUCUAUACUUCGAAGGUGUGAUUCAUCGCGAGGCCAAAAACAAUCGCCUGGCAUUGUUGGGCGACCGAGUACUCCGCUUAGCGUUGUGUGACCUGUGGUUUGGCACGGGAAACUCUACAGGCAGUUACCAAAAAAUGCACCUGGACAUAGAAACAAGGGCCGCGUUGUACAUCAAAGCACUUUCACUCGGUCUACACAAACAACUUUUUCUUCCCGAAUCUAAUUUCGCAAAACCCAACCAAAUCGCUGAGGCUUUCGAGGCCAUACUUGGGGCCGUUUAUCUCGACUCGUCUCACAACAUUGGGGCGGUAAAGAGAGUCAUCAAAGGAAUCAAACUCGAUGAACACAAAUUCUUGACAACACAGCACGAAUCAGGCAUCGAUCAAUACAGAAAUGAGAUUUUGCGCUUACGAGCCGAGGAGCGAAGUCUCAAGAGAAAGCUUAGAUCUGUGCAACGCGAGGAGCUUGAGUUACGGAAGCAAAUGAAGAACACCAAUACAUUCAUCGAAAAAGAGCUAGGAGAAAAGCCAGAAGACCAACCUAAUUAUGGCUCUCAAACCCGGACGAACAGCAAAAAGCAAGUCAUUGAUGACUUGGAACCAAUCGAAAAACUGCUGUCAAAAGAGCCCAGACUUGAUGGCACUCUAGCAAUGUCGACGAAACAGGAAGAUGUGCAAGUAGCGCAAACCAAGGAGCCAGGUAUUGCACAAGGCACACAGGGAACCAGGCGAUCUAGCUUCACAGGCUUCGUUGACGAAGGAGUUGAGUCCGAAAGAGGCGGAAACACCACAUUGUAG